AUGGUGGUGCUAGUGUCUCCAGAGGAUGAAGCUGAACUCAACUAUGCAGUUGUGAAUUUUGGGAAAAAAUCUCCAUCAUCCGAUGUAAUCAAUAUACAGCAAAAUACAAAUGCUCCAGAACUUGAGGAGGAACCCAGUUAUGUAUUCAUUGGCAGUAAACUUCCAUCAUCUGGUGUCACUGAUGCAAUGGAACAUGCAAAAGCACGAAAAACACAGGAAGAUGUAAUAAAGAUCUGCAAACAACACAGAAAAUUGUUAAUCAUCUCCAUAAUCGCAGCAAUCAUCCUGCUGACAGUAAUUAUAGCUGUAACUAUUGGGAGAAAUCAGUCUGAGUGCUGCCCAGAAGAUUGGAAGAUAUUUAAUCACAGCUGUUACUACUUUUCUUUAAUGGGUUAUAACUGGUCUGAGGCUAAGGAACAGUGUGAAAAAAAUCAGUCUACUUUAGUGAUGAUCAAAAGUAGUAAGGAACAGGAUUUCUUAAACAAGACCGUAAGGAAUGGUACAGAUGAGUACUGGAUUGGACUGACAGAUGCUAAUCAUGAAGGGGAUUGGAAAUGGGUUAAUGGGGAAUCCUGCAAAUGUACUGAAACUAACAGACUGUAUUGGUAUGACAAAGAACCUGAUAACUGGUCCGCUUCAGGAUCCAUAGUAGAUGAGGACUGUGCUAUAAUAAAACAAGAUGGUGGAUGGAGUGAUACCAAAUGCAUAGACCGCCAAAAAUGGAUUUGUGAGAAACUAAUGUCUAUUUGCUAAUUAAAUAAACCUUAAACAGUGACAGCAACAAACCUUUCCAUCUCAAACUAUCUCAGUGAAGGCCAUGUACUGUGGUGCACAAUUAAAAAAUAACA